CACACACACACACACACACUUCACAAGCCCCUCCAUUUUCUCUCUUUCCAAACACCCCAAUUUCCACCACCACCAUACUCAAAUUUUAAAAAUACUAGAAAUUAACCAAAAUGAAUAACCACCUUCUCUUCACUCUCUCUCUCGUGCUCCUCCUCUACUUCCACUCCACCACAACCCUAGCUCAGCUUCCGGCCUCCCCGGCUUUGCCCCCCACACCACCUGGUCCUACCAAUAUCACCAAAGUACUCGAAAAAGCGGGGCGGUUUUCCAUCCUGAUCAGGCUUCUAAAAACUACCCAAUUGGGUGAUCGAAUCAAUAACCAGAUUAGGAAGUCAGACCAAGGCCUAACUAUCCUUGCACCCACCGAUAACGCGUUUUCUAGCCUAAAAUCCGGUACCAUAAAUUCCCUGACUGAUCAACAGCAAGUCCAGUUGGUGCAGUUUCAUAUCAUACCUUCAUUUUUCAACACUACAUUGGAAUUCCAAACUGCGAGCAACCCAAUGAGGACAGAAGCUGGAAACAGUAGCUUCAGUGAGUUCCCGCUUAACGUGACGAGCUCCGGCACCCAAGUCAACGUGUCUACCGGCAUUGUGAAUGCCACUCUGGGCAAAAGAGUCUUUACAGACAACAUGCAGCUUGCUGUUUAUCAGGUGGACAAGGUGCUUCUUCCCAUGAGCAUAUUUGCUACUGCGGCUACAGCUCCGGCACCGGCAUUGGCACCUGGAGCUUCAAAGAAUAAGGAGUCAUCGGCCGGUAACACUCCGGGAUCGGACGAUGAUUCACCGGCGGCUGACUCUGGUGCAGUCGGUCUCACCAUGCAUGGAAUGUUGGUGUCUAUUGGAGUUGGAGUUGCUGUGUUUUUUUAGUGGGAGAAAAUAGAGGGUGGAGAUUGCACUAUCUAGUGGGGUCUGGUGUCUAUCUGAUUUUGUUGAGUCAGAUUGGACGGUGGUGAUUGAUAACAAAAGUGGGCUUUGAAUAAUUUGACCGAGUACAAGUGUCGGUUAUAUAUAUAUAUAUAUAUCUGGAAGAGCAUUUUGAGUAAAUUUGGGCCAAGUAAUGUCAAGAUUGAAUUUCAAGGCCCAUUAUGUUUUUUCUUUUCCA